CGGCUCUGAGUGCACCACUUGAACGCCGGUGAACUCAUCCUCUGACACAUUCGAUAAGAGUGAUGACGUCUACCGAGGAAGUCGACACCACAGAAAAAGACAUCUACGAGUCGCAGAUAGUACAAUCCACGCCGCGUUUCACCUAUGUACCUUUUAAUUAAAUAAAUGUUUUAGUAUAUAUGUUGUGUAAACCAUCAGCUAUUUAUUACAACAGGCAGGAUUUUCAAGAACUUCGGCAAACGAAAUUUAAUACCUGGUGGUUUACGGUAAAUCGAUAUAUUUGCUGAAUGUUCGUCGAAAUAGACUGCUAACAUUCGUUAAAAACUUCGUCGAGCUCAAUCAGCUGUUGGGAAGUUUGCCGAGAUAAAUUAAGUGUGUACAUGCAAACGUAUCGAUUUAACCCGUACAUUUAUCUCCAGUUUAUUUCAUAAGCAGUUUUACAUAAUACAGUUUUACAUAAUGUACAUAAUAACCAGUUUAAUUUCAGAUUUACUGAACGUGACCGUAACAAAAAUUAACGAACGAUUUCGGAGCCAUUUUCAGAUACAUUACAUUUCGGAGCCAUUUUCAGAUGUUCUGCUAGAAAUCAGUUCAUGAGUGAAUCGCCCAUCUCUAGUCGUGUUGUUUUAAGCAACACUGUUUUGAUUCAUUCGUUCGAUUUAAAUUUGUGUUUACCGUUAACUAAACAAAAGUACAAUCUAUAAAUUACUGGACUACGGCUCUUUUUUAAUGUUAUUUGACCAGGUUUCGCGUUUUUAAAAAUGACUUCAUACGCAGCACAGCUGAGCUGUGCCAAUUGUACCGCCACGGACGGAAUAUCUCAGGUAUGCUCCGAAUGUGGACAGUUAUGUUGUACCGUUUGUUCCCGUGAGCCAGUCGAUCGUAUUUCGGUUUUUAAUGCACCGUAUAUUUUGUGUGGCAUGUGCUUCGAAAGUAAUUCGAUCGCCACAACCUUAGGACAAUGUGAACAACAUCACGGGCGUUAUUUAUAUUUAUACUGUUUGACCUGUGACAUGCAGAUAUGCUGCGAUUGUUUCAUUUUGCUCGCUGAUCACAAGCGUCAUACGAUCGACAGUGUGGAAACUAUUUACCGGCAAAAGUUACUGGAAACGGUAGAGAAGUUCCAAGAGAUUCCGAGACGUCUGAAGUUGAUAGACUGGAACGCCAUUCGACAGGUGGAUACGAAUUUGGAAAUUGUUGAAUACAUGGAGAAACGAAUCCUGAUGGAGGUUCAUGAUCUGGUACAGCAACGUACAGCAAGCUUGCUAAGUCUGACAACAGAAAAGAAAGAAGCUCUUGUUCGGAUUAAGGAAAUAGUAAGUCGCACCGAGAUGCAACAAUUAGAAGCUAUGAAACAGAUUAGAGAAUUAAACACGAGCAAUUUCCUGCGGUUGCAGCAAUCGCUGCAUCAACGUUGUGAACAAAUUUUGCAAGAUGUGGAACAGUUACAUAUGCAGCCGGUUAUUUGGGAUGAUAUACAGUGUGAUCUUAUACCAGUUUGCAAAAUGCACUUAGUUUAUCUUGAUCUGCGUCCGGAUACCGAUCACCCGGUUUCUGUGGAAUUCUAUGAUGAUUGUGGUAUCCAAUGGACGGCAUUAUUUCAUUUGGAACCAUUGGUAAUUUCGUUGGAAAUCCGUCCCACUCAUGGGACACUGGACGCAUUUCAUUUUAUAGCUAUGAUAGAAACUUGUCACCCCACUCGAAUAACAAAAUCUGUUGCUAGUGUUAGUUUUGCAGGCGGAAUGGAGCGCAACAAAUUGCUCUCUAUUGGACAACUACAACAUGCUGGGUAUCUUUCGGAAGAACGAUUUUUAAAAUUACGCGUUGGUGUUCGAUUGGAAAAUAUCGUUGAUGAGAAAAAGGUACUUAAGACAUUGUUGUUAGAAGAACAGAAAGUGAAUUCAUAUUCCAAAAUGGAGAAAGCUGCCUUGAAAGAACAAAACUUUAUACUACAGCGGGAGAUUUUACAACUCAGGGCUAACGCUUGCCAAACAAAAGUGUCUUAUGAAACGCUUUUAGUUGACAAAAAGAUUGAACAUAGAGUGGUGAAGGAGGAGCGGUGCACUACUCCGAAUAGCCAAGCGAGUGGAAGUUCGUUAGUGUCCACUAACGAGGAUAAACAGCAAUUGAUUUUGGAUAUGAAACGCUUGCAGGUCAAAUUGGACGGAAUGAAACAUGCUAUGAAAUUAAUGAAUCCGUACGCCAUUGGAAGCUUUGAAAUAUAUCGUUUUAGCAAAGAGAGCAAAUUUUAUUCGCCCCAUUUGACGUCCUACAACGGGAUUACGAUUUUCGUAAUUAUACAGCCAAAUUUUUUCAACGAAAAUAGUUCGGCGGUUAACGCCAAUAUUUGCUGGGCCAAAGGACCAAAAAAGAACUGUGAAGUAUUCAUAGAAGUAGUUAACGAAUAUGAAAAAGAUUGCAUUCGCGAGGACCGAGUGUUUGACUUCUCUAAGGGGACCAGUUUUACGUGGAAAAACGUCAUCACACAUUUUGCCUUGUUCAAUGGCAAAGGUGGCUUUCUAGCGGAUGAUAAUUUGAAAAUUAAAUUUGGUUUACGGCCGAAGUUAGAGUAGGGGACAUAUUAGUUUUGUUAGCAGCUUACUUGACCUUUUUUUUAUUGAUUUCUGUUAUCUGUGUGGAGUUAUAAUCUCCACAUUUGAAGUUUAUAACAUAGUCCAUGGUCACGGGUGACCGUGUGUUAUUGACUUAAUACUGUUGUUGUAACGUUUUCUACGUUUGACUAUGAUAUAUGCAAAUAAACUUGUUAAA